GAGACUUCAAGAAAGAAAGUCAGUGAUUUCGUUGCCGUAUGAGUUUGAAACAGACCUAAAUAUGACCGAAAUAGCUGCAGGAAAGAGAGCGCGUGCCAUGGCUAUUUGGGUAUAAGAGCCAUCUCUCUCCCUCAAGUCUGCGUCGAGCAGAGGAGGGUGGCAGGUGUUCAGCUGAGGGAGACAUCGGCUCAGUGGGCUCUCCCAGCCGAAACAGGGAGACCGAGACAGGAGAAACCGCCUGAAACGUCACUUAUUUGGGAGGGAAAACUCCAGUAAGUAAAUAUGACGCAUUUGUAACGCUUUGGAGUGAGUGCUGGUAGCUUUUCACGACCGUCAAGGACUCCGGACAAAUGCAGGAGGCUCCUGUGUCGCAGCGGUGGAGUAACACUGUUGCACGUACUAGCGACUGUUCUCCCCGUUAGACCCGAAAAAAUACAACAAUUUUUACCCCCCCCAGGCAGGAGUGAAUCCAUGCCAAGACGGAAAACUGCCAGAAAUAGUUGUACUGGGGUAUUUGUUGUUGCUUUAUUACCUGUUGUGUGAGUAUAAUUCGAGCGCGCGCGCAUCACGGACUUGUUAGCUUAACAGGAAUCCUCGGAGGGAGUCCCCACUCUGGAAGCUGGAAGUUGCUGCAGUUUUCCCGCAGAAAACAAACAAGGAGUUAAAAAGUUAAACUGGAAACACAAGUUUGAGCCUCAGAUAAGUGUCUGAAUCCAUCGUCGCUUCAACGUCGCUGCUGGAGAGGACUCGAGGGGGCACUUCUCACACUUUGCAGACCACAUCCGACGGCUUUCCGUAGAGCUGAUAAGUGGAUUGACUCGACUUUUCUGUGUUUUUUAUUUAUAUUUGAGGGUGUACAGUUAUUUUUUAAUCGCUUCUAUGUUAAUGCGAACUCACGGGACAAAUCCCCGCUGAAGACAUCACAACAAACAACCGUGGAUUGGAGAUAUAUAAGCCGAUCAGUAAAACACACUCAAAUGUAUUAAUUUUUUUGUUGCUCGGAUCAAUCCCAAUGAAAAAUCACUGCUCUGUGAAGCAGACUCUGGAGCUGCAGUUGUAAAUUUCGUCUCCCUCCCUCACUAAAGCUGCACCACAGAGGGAAAGUACUCAGUCCUUCUCCUGCCUCUCAUUCACUCCACUGCCCGCCGAGUUUUGGACGUCGGAGCCGGGCGCUGAGACGCGAGGAUCCCGGUAGAAGCAACUGUUUUUUGUACUCCUGGAGCUCCCGUUUUUUUGUUCAUCGCUGCUGAGGACGGUACUCUAUUCCCGCACGAGGCAGGGACAGUUGUAGGCGGAGAGCAACCGGCGGACACUGCCCGGAGGAUGAAGCCGCGAGGUACCCGGAGAGAACCCCGCGUGCGCGCGGAGGAAGCCCCCGCGCGGGGCACGCACGUGCGGAUGAGCACCGGGACGGCCCGUAGCGGGAGCCGGCGACUGUUUCUUCACCUCCUGCUCCUCCUCGGCACCAGCUGCCACAUGUUGCACGGUCAAGAAGUGGCUCCCUACUUACAAGGGGUUGGGCGGGCGCAGCAGGUGGUGCUGGAAGGAAACAGACUGGUGCUGACCUGCCCAGCUGGAGGCAGCUGGCCUCUGCACUACCGCUGGACUCUUAACAACAGCAACAUCACCGACUGGACAUUACAGAACAGGUUGUCUAUUUCAUCCUUGAAGAGGAGUGAUGCCGGUCUGUAUCAGUGUAUGGUGAGAAACAGGAUGGGAGCACUAAUACACAGGAAGACAGAAGUGCAUGUGGCCUUUUUGGGGAAUUUCUCCGGUAAGGAGCAGAGAAACACUGUGAGUCAAGGCCGAGCCGCCGUCAUCAGCCCACCUCCUCUUGCUUCUUUUCCUCAACCCCUGAUCACAUGGUAUAAAGAUGGACACAAAAUCAUCCCCAACAACCGAAUAGCAGUCACUUUGGACAAUCAGCUCGUUGUCUUGGCAACCACUGCAUCGGAUGCUGGAGGCUAUCACGCCGAAGCGCUGAAUGAGAUGACAGGGGAGAAUGUGACAAGCCCCACUGUCUACCUGAGCAUUUCAGUUGCCAAGAAAAACCGCGGGUCAACAGAUUCUGAGUCAGAGCUCGUGGCUCCAACAAUCGUGAUUGGUCCUAAGAACACAACAGUUGUGGUGGGGCAGGGGGCCACUCUGGAGUGCAUUGCCAACGCCAGACCAGUUGAUGGCCUUACGGUUUCAUGGAAACGUGAUGGGCGUUGGCUGGCCACCGGGCGUCAGCUCGUUAUUCCUUCCCCAGCCUUUUCCGACACAGGGUUAUAUGUUUGUGAAGCACUGCUUAGCAACAGCACUGCCAAACCUAUUGAAGCAAAGGCACACCUCACUGUCAUGGAACCACCUUUGCUGACUGUUCAACCCAAAAGUAAAAUAUUUGCGGAUCUGGACAAGAAUGUAGACAUCCCAUGUCAAGCCUCAGGUGUGCCCCUGCCCCGGAUAGAGUGGUAUAAGGACGCCGUCCCUCUCUCCAAACUGGCCAAUCCUCGCUACAGAGUCAACACAGCCACCGGGCUGACAGUACGCAGGGUGCAGCCAGGAGACGGAGGAAUAUUCCAGUGCUUUGCUCGCAGCUCUGCAGGGGAGACUCAAGCGCACACAGAGCUCCUUGUCUCCAGUGUGGGCCCCAUAUUUAGAUUCCCACCUUCUGACCAAACUGUAACUGAGGGAGACACGGUUGUGUUCGCCUGUGAGAACAGCGGAGCUCCCAAACCGGCUAUUACCUGGAGGAAAGGUUUACAGAUUGUCGCUAGCGGUUCUGUACAGGUUCCCAGAUUCACACUGCUGCAGUCUGGUGGCUUGCAGAUUAAACCAGUCAGUUUCCAGGAUUCAGGACAGUUCACCUGCAUCGCGUCCAACUCAGAGGGAAGCAUCAAUGCUACCGCUGCCCUCACCGUCUGGAGACGCACGUUCCUCUCUGUGCCCCCAGCAGACCUGCGUGUGAUUAAAGGAACCACUGCAGUUCUUGAAUGCAACGCCACCCAUGACUCCAGAAUCAAUAUUAGCUUCAAGUGGGAUCGUGGUGGUGUGCCAGUUCUUCCAAGCGGCGGUGGGCGUGUCUCUGUGCGCCAGGGCUCACUCUCUAUUGGGCAGACUUGGUCAGGUGACAUCGGGGACUACACCUGCACUGUGACAUCACAGGCUGGCAAUGACUCCCACACUGCACGCCUUGAAGUCAUCGAGCUGCCACAUUCCCCUCGCUCCCUGACGGCUCGUCUGAACGAUUCCGACUCCCGCUCCGUCCUCCUGUCCUGGCUGCGCCCCUUCGACGGGAACUCCCCCCUCCUGUACUACGUGUUGGAGCUCUCUGAGAACAAUUCUCCAUGGAAAGUUUACUUAUCUGAGGUUGACCCUUCAGUGACCGAGGUAUCCGUCGGCGGGCUCACGCCUGCCAGAACCUACCAAUUCAGGCUCUGUGCUGUCAAUCAAGUUGGCAGGGGUCAGUACAGCGCUGAAACGCAGAGAUUGAUGCUGCGUGAGGAGGCCCCCAGUGCACCGCCAAAGAACAUUGUUGCCAGUGGUCGCACAAACCAGUCCAUUAUGGUUCAGUGGCAGCCUCCUCCAGAACCAGAGCUGAACGGGGUCCUUCGAGGUUAUGUACUCAGAUAUCGCCUGGCCGGCCUGCCGGGGGACUACCAGGAGAAGAACAUCAGCAGCCCGGAAACAAACUACUGUCUGCUGAAAGAUCUCAUCAUCUGGACUCAGUACCAGAUCCAGGUGGCAGCCUUCACCGGAGCUGGUUUGGGGGUCUACAGCAGUCCUGUCACUGAGUACACGCUGCAAGGAGUUCCCACGGCACCUCCGCAGGAAGUGGAAGUUGUUGCACUUAAUUCAACAACCAUUCGCUUCACGUGGAACCCUCCGCCACAACAGUUCAUCAACGGCAUCAACCAGGGAUACAAGCUGAUGGUCUGGCCCGAGCAGUCUCCAGAGGACAUGAAGACAGUAACCAUCACUCCAGACUACCCCAGUUUGCGGCACACAGGACUAGUGUCCGGGUUGAAAAAGUUUACCUGGUACUAUGGCUCCACCCUCUGCUUCACCACACCUGGGGAUGGUCCUCGCAGCCCCCCCACCCUCCUGCAGACACAUGAAGACACACCUGGACCAGUCCACCAGCUUAGCUUCACUGAAAUUUUGGACACUACUGUUCGAGUCAGCUGGGCGGAGCCUAAGGAGAAGAAUGGAAUCGUCACUGGCUACACAUUGUGGUGGGAAGUACCUGGCAUUGAGUCGAGUCUUGUGGAGCGGUCCUUGUCCAACUCCACCCUGCAGUACCGGCUGACAGGCCUGAACUCCACCACCAAGUACACAAUCCAAGUGGCCGCACUCACAGCAGCAGGGCAGGGCGUGGUCACAUCCUCCACCAUCUCCACUGGAGUUCCACCAGAACUUCCUGGUGCCCCUUCUAACUUGGUCAUCUCCAACAUCAGCCCUCGUAAAGCAUCUCUUAAAUUCAGACCUGGUCCUGAUGGGAAGACCACCAUAUCGAGAUGGAUAGUAGAAGCCCAGGUUGUAAAGGAGGACGGUAAAGAGGACCCAUGGAGAGUCGUUUACGAGGAGAACCAUCCGGACGCAGACACAUUAGAAAUCCCCAACCUGACUCCAUUCACUCAGUACAGGUUCAGGAUGCAGCAGGUGAACAUUGUUGGUUCUAGUCCCAUGAGCGCCCCCUCUAGGCUGAUUCAAACACUACAGGCUGCCCCUGACACACACCCGUCCAACCUCCGCCUUGUGUCAGCAACACAGACCAGCCUACGUUUCAGCUGGAAGCCUCUUCCAGCAUCUGAAUACAACAGCAGCCCAGAAACGGUGGGGUACAGGCUGCGUGUGCGGAGGACAGAUGGUCAGGGGAAGGACAGAACACAGGAUGUGCAGGGUGGAGUAAACAGCACUGAUGCCACUGUGGAGGCCCUGAGUCCCUGGACCCAGUACCACAUUCAAAUACAAAGCUUCAACUCAAUAGGAGCGGGACCGUGGAGCAGCACUGUUGAAGCACGCACAGCCGAAUCUGCUCCGUCUGGAUCACCUGUGAAUGUAACUGCUGAGGCAGUGAGUUCCUCCAAGAUCAUGCUCACCUGGUCUGCUCUUCCUCAGACACAAAGGAACGGAGUCAUCCUUGGGUAUAAGGUGAUGUACAGUGAAAAAGACCUAGAAGAUCCUCCUUCUGUGCUGGUGGUACAAGGAGAAGGAAAUUUGACCGUCCUACUUGGAGCUCUCCAAAAGUACACAGUGUACGUGCUGCAAGUGUUAGCGUUUACACGUAUUGGUGAUGGGCCUCUCAGCAACCCAGUUCUGCUCAGAACCAAAGAAGAUGCUCCAGGCCCUCCUGUUCGCAUGUUGUUUCCAGAAGUUCGACUGACAUCAGUUAGGGUGGUCUGGCAACCCCCAGCGCUCCCCAACGGCAUCAUAUUAGGCUACCAGAUAUCCUACCGCCUGGACCGUAAGGAUCCUCAGCGAUGGACCACGGUUGAAGUGGGUUCCAACGCUCGCCAGUUCACCGUCACGGGACUUUUGUCUGAGCAGACCUACGUGUUCCAUCUUACGGCUCGAACCGCCGUGGGCUGGGGCGAUCGACAGGAGGCCCUGGUGGUUACCACUGAGCGCAGAGAGCGUCCUCAACCACCCAAGAAGUUGGCCGCCCCCCAGGAUGAGGUUGAAGCUCGCCGACUUCACCUGUACUGGGGAAUCAGUGGUUCAGGCUCCUCCCCUCUGAGAUACUUCACUCUGCAGCUCAGGGAACUACCCAACGGGACUUGGAAGACCCACACCACCAACAUCCCGCACAAUGUGACCUCCUGGACUGUGGACAGACUGAAGCCCUUCUCCUCAUACAAGUUUCGGAUGGUGGCCACCAAUGAUGUUGGAGACAGCCUCUUCAGCAAGGAGACAGAUGCUGUUACGACUCUGCAGGACGUUCCUAAUGAGCCUCCAGUGAUCCUCUCAGUAAAACCGACGACAACUACUUCAGUGCUGGUCCAGUGGAAGCGUCCCAAGGAAGAAAGUAUCAACGGGGUUUUGGCUGGAUACAGACUGUAUUACAGAGAGCUUCCAGCAAACGCAUCCAGUUUCCUACAGACAGAAGUGCAAACAACCAAAAACACCACAAGUGCCCUCAUUACAGCCAAGAGCACCUUUAAGACCGUCAGCAGUGCCUCACUCACAGAGUUUGAAUUGACACAACUAAAGAGGUUCACUCGCUAUCAGAUUGUUAUGACAAGCUACAACAUCAUCGGAGAAAGCCCCCCAUCCACUGCAGUGGAGGUGUCUGUGGGAGAAGCUGCUCCAUCGGUGGCGCCUCAGUCUAUCAAAGUGUCAGCGGUGUCUCCCACCAGCCUGGAAGUGACUUGGGACAUGCCCCCCCCUGAGACCCAGAAUGGACUCAUCCAAGGAUAUAAGGUUCACUACUGGGAGAGAGACAAGCAGAACCAGACUGAAAAAGUGAAAGUGAUUUUUGUCCCAGAAACCCGUGUGCACCUCCACAACCUGACCAGCUACACACCUUAUCUGGUUACCCUGACCGCCUUCAACACCGCUGGAGACGGACCGCCGAGCGACCCCCGUGGGGCUCGGACCCGGCAGUCUGCUCCCAGCCAACCGAGCUUCCUGUCCUUCUCUGAAGUGACAGGAGGAAGUGUCAACGUGUCCUGGGGGCCCCCGCUCACCCCUAAUGGACAAGUGGAGGGCUAUCGGGUCAUGUAUCAGCCCACUGCGCCUGUGCAAGGAGUGAGUAAAGUGGUGACGGUGGAUGUGAAAGGCAGCUGGCAACGAUGGCUGAAGGUUCGGGAUUUGAUCAAAGGAGCAACAUACACGUUCAGCGUUCAGGCUCUCACAAUCAGCCAUGGGCCUCCAGUACGAGCAAACAUCAGCGCUCAGCCUGUGAAAGGCUCCCCCGGGUCGCCUGUGGAGGUUUCCAUCACUAAGACGUCCUCUGCCCUCACCCUCCACUGGUCAGAGGGUGAUAACGGCGCCGCUCCUGUGACUGGAUACGUGAUUGAGGCUCGUUCCUCAGACGAGGGAGUGUGGGACUCCUUCAUCAGACAUCUUCCUCAGAGCAGCAGGUCUGCCUCCGUGCCGCUGGAGCGCCUGAGGUCAGGGAUUAGCUACGAGUUUCGAGUUAUUGCUCUUAAUCGCUUUGGCUACGGACAGCCGAGUACGCCCUCUGCUGCUCUCGCAGCUCUGUCAGAGCGUCCUUUUUAUGAGGAGUGGUGGUUUCUGCUGGUCAUGGCUCUGGUGGGGCUAAUCCUCAUUCUGGUCCUGGUCUUCACUCUGCUGCUGCAUGGACACAGCAGCAAGUACAAAGCCUGUGGCUCAGGUAAACACAUAACAGCAGGAGAGGAAUCGGUCACACUCGACAACGGGGGCUUCGCUGCUCUGGAGCUGAACAGCAGGACGCUUAACACCAAGAACUCCUUCCUGAAAAAGAACGGGACCAGGUCUCCUCCCAGGCCCAGUCCAGGAGGCCUUCACUACUCUGAUGAGGACAUCUGUAACAACUAUAAUGGGGCUGUGCUCACAGAGAGCACCACGCUCACAGAGAAGCCCACCGAGGCCUCUGAGUCAGAGUUAACAGACAGCGACUAUGAGGACGAGCAGCCAAAGCACUCCUUUGUGAACCACUACAUGAGCGACCCCACCUACUACAACUCCUGGAAGCGGCAGCCCAAAGGUCUGAAGGGGAUCGGCUCCUCUUUCGGCUACGAGGAGUGCGCCACUGCAGACACUGAGCCCUACUACCAGACCGUUGUGACCCAGCACAGCACAGGUGGAGCGUACACGCCCACAGGGCAGCCCGCUCACACGCACGUCAACCCCAACACCAACCCGCCAGGGUCCCGCACGCCUGUGACGGGAUUCUCCUCCUUUGUUUGACUCUUGAGAUAAAAAUCUGCACAAAGUAAUACGCGCACAUACACAUGGAAGGAGGCGAGGGGGGCGACUGUGGAGAUCUGGACUUCAGAACUUCUAACAGAACAGCCAGUGAUGCCGCAGAGAACUAAAGUUCCCCUCUCCCCUCGUUCAUGAAGAACCAGUCCAGAACGUGUGUGUUCUUUCAGUGUUCUAAGCCUCUGUGUCACCGUUCACACGCUGUUCUUGUUUGCCACACAUUCUCACUGGCAUGUCCCACAUGAUGCCCACACCGCCGCAGAGACUCUGCAGCAAGAACCGGGAGCAACGACCACGUCCAUCCAUUUCCAGUUUACACUGGAGCCAAAGGAAGCUGGGAUUUCUGCACAAAACUCCUCCUUAGCUUCCCCAAUGUACACUUAAGUGCACACAUCUACAGCUGUGCUCCCUAAUGGGUCAUUUCAGCCCCCCCUCCUACUGAGAGACAGGAGCUCAUCUGCAGGUGGCGCAGAGAGGAGCAGCUUUUGCUGACAGGCUGCUUCAUGCACAGAACUCCAAGCUGUCGGCUAGCAAAGAUCCCCCACCCCGAGAAGAACAGAAACAAUCACCAUUUUUAAACUUGAAACGGACAGAGUGAGUGUGAGCAGAUGUUCUUCAGGACUUUCUCAUCCUCACGUGACGAAUGGUCUGAGAGCAAUGUGCGAUGUUUGGAUUGGAAAAUACUGAAAGUGUGUUUUUUUACUGUUUACUGCCUGUUGUCCUUUUACCGCAGCCUUCCAAGCCAUAAUGCUUGCACUGAGCCAAAACCCCCAACCAUUACCUUUAGUCUGUUCACUCUUUUUUACAGGUCUGAGUGUGACACGUGUGAGCACUUGCAUGCGUGUAAAAUGGCUCUGUUUCACCUUUGACGCCUCCUCCUCUGUCCGUGUUGUUCAUCGCAAAAGCAACGUGUGCCAUCGUGUGUGUUUAUAUUUUGAAACUGGAUUUUGUACAGCAAAACCUCCUUUAAGUUCCUGUUCUGUUCGUAGUUCAGUUAUGUUUUUGUAUUCCAAAAUGCUCUGAAGAACGUUUACUUUGAGUCGAAAAUGAGAGGAAUAUUUUGAUGAAAUUUGUCUUAAAAAAUAAGCAACAAUCACAAAGUUCCUGUUAGAAUUGCUGGUACAAAGUUGAAGGAGUUUACAAAGUAUUAUUUUUGUCCAGUAUACUUCUAAUCAAAAAUGAUGGUGGUACUCCUCCUUCACAAACAAGACUGACACUUGUGUAUAUUGAACUUCUCUUUGGCCAGAGAUGACACUCAUAUGUGUUUUCUUCAUGUAUGAUUUGAAGGGUCUUCAUGCAGCCAGAUGCUUUCCUCCUUCUGUCACGCCUGUUUUGGCCCCAUAGAGUGUGAAUAAAUUAUUGUUGUAUA